GCCGGCGCGUUCCAUCUCUCUCUUCUUCUCGGCUCUCGGCUAGUCGUGUCUGUCCCGCGCUCUAAGUGUUGUUUUCACGGAGGCAAGAUGGCUGCGGCGGUGGCCGGGGCCGCCUUACUGGGCAAGGGGCUGGACAUCAGCCUGGCGGCACUGCAGCGGCACGACCCCUACAUCUGCAGCAUCGUAGACGUGGCCAGCCAGGUGGCGCUCUACACUUUCGGGCACCGAGCCAAUGAGUGGGUGAGGAACCGAGUGUCAUCGCGGGGUGGUGGGUGGUGGUGGUGGUGGUGAAAUGGGGCAGAGAUGGAAUAAAGCACCUGCCACUUUAAAUCAACCAACGUCAUCCUUGCGCCGUAAAUUCUGUAGUGCAGGGGCGGCUGGGCUGGCGAAAUCGUUCUUAAAGCGUCUGCGCAGAUGAAACUUGGUGGGAGACACUUUCCCUGGCUUUUUAACUUGUUCUUCCGCUCAUGCGCUUUAAGCGGCUGAUGGGUGACUGCAGCCCGGGCAAACAGGGCGGAAGGGGAGGAUGGACGAGUAAACCAUGACAUCUAGACAUAGCUGCCAACUUUUCCCCUUUUUUAAGGGAAACCCCCUUAUUCCGAAUAGGAUUCCUCGCAAGAAAAGGGAAAAGUUGACAGCUGUGCAUCUAGAGCAGGUCGAUACCGAGCUUGCUUGCAUUUAUAGGACUAACCUCAUAAUGAGUUUACCUGGAGAGGACAGUAAACUUGGAGAUGCUUGGGGAGAAACUAAGGCUGCAGCCCUGGUGUCCUAUACUCACUUGGGUUUAAUUCCCGUUGAAGUUAAUGUGGCCUACUUCUGAGUAUAGGCUUGUGCUUAGCUGGGACUGUACCCUGGUAAAGUGGGGCUUAUUAAUGGGUAUACAGUACAUUGACAAGAUUGCAUUGUUUAUCUGCUUUUUAAUUAGUGUUUGAGUUUGACCAGAUCUAAGAGAAACAGCUACUUGGGCCAGCAUGUUCAAAAUGCAGUGUGCAAUGCUGCUUUCCCCCUGGGCUGGCUGCUUGGUUUGGUGCUAGUAGGUACUGGACUGAGACAAGCAGCUCCUUGGGCCAGUGUGCCCAUCAAAGGGUGUGCAAGACUGCAGUAGCUGCCUCCUUUGUCUCCUCAAACUGCCUGGCUAUGGUCGCCCAGUUUAGCACAGCAAAGACUAGACCCAGGUGCAGCUCCCUGGCCAGCAUGCCCAACAAAAGCAGCUUGCAGUGGUGCCAGACAGGCCCGUGCAGAGGGCAGGGGGUAGCUGGGUACAUUUGUCCUGAGCUUUGGAGGGCUACGCUGGCUUGGGGCCUCCACCAGAGGCCUGCUGGACAUACACUGUCUUGCCAAGAAUGUGCCUCCCAGCCGACCGGGGACUUAAUGGGUGAAAUGGCCAUGGGUGAAGCAACCAUACCUGUGGACCUGCGUUACUGCAUACUAGUGUAUAGUGUCAGAUCAGAUUUGGUGCCCCUACUUCAGUGGCACAUCUUAUGAAAAAGGCUCCUUCCCUGGGCCUCAGACAAGCUUUGCAUGGGCCUGGUGCCAGAUGUCUCUUCAUGCUCUGUGGACUGGCUGCUUAGUUUAGUGAAGGCACACAAACACAGCUCUGGUUGUCCUGGAAGUUCAGAGUUUUCUUUUUUUAAAGGAGGUUGGCCAGAAUGAUGCCUGGGCAGUAUACUGGACAGUAGCAUAUUACGUGUUGGCAGUGAGACCUUAUGGAAGCGUGAGCCCUCAGCAAUUUACUAGCCAUGCAGACUCCUGAUGCCAGCCCUGCUGUAGCCAUGGUACAGUAUAUGUUUAGAGCCUAGAUUGCAUGAAAAUGGAGUUUCACAUUAUCCAAAAAUACAGAGAUAAUCUUGCUUUAUUUUCUACUCAGUGUCUGCUCUUGCUUCAGCCACAGUAGGGCAAUUUGUAUAAAGUGUCUAAUAUGACCCUGGCAAACAGGAUUGUUAGUUUAGGAAAGGAGGCAUUUUCUACCCCAAAAUGGGAAAGCAGCUGUGUUAUAACAAAUGAGCUGGCAUCUAGGCCUAAUUCUUCAUUGAAAAGGCUUGUUUCAUAUGUUAUGUUUCUAGUGCAUAUAUACAGAGCACAUGUUAAAAGAGGGGGGGGGGAGGAAUACUGUAAAUGUGUGCUUAGAAAAAUGUAUACAGUGAUUUAAAAGACAUGUACAUACCAGAAAGCCAGUGUUCAAUUGAUUCUUUAAAAUCACAUUUCAUCACCUGUAACAUUUGAAACAGCCCCCAAUUUUGUCGGUUUGUCUGCUUAUGCUUUGCACUAAUUCACUUAGGUGGCUUUUAUUCUGUCUUUAAAAUGAUGCAUUUUUAAUUGAUUUUAGGAAAAGACUGAUGUGGAAGGAACACUGUUUGUUUACACAAGGUGGGAAGUUUAUUAAUUUUAAUAUCAGUGUUUUAAAUUCACACCAUUCUCAUACUACAAAAAAGAAGCACAGAAAAGUGAUAUCAUUGACUGGAUCAAGAGGUACAAGUUUUUGAAUUGCAUGAAACUCUUCAUCACUUAUGAAGGUUGAAAACAUAUAUUGGAAAUUAAAGAUACUUGGUCUGAUGUUAACAUGAUAAGUGUAGAAUUAUUAUUUUUUUAAGUACUGCAAAUUGAUGAACCUUGAUGAAGAGAAUGACUCCCCAUACCUUUCUCCUAAGAUAAUAAGGCAGUGAAAAACUUAUAACAAGGUGUAAGGAGGAGGUUUCUGUGCAGACUAAACAAAGUAUCAGGCAAAUAUUUCCGAUGUCAAAGUUUUAUGAUACCGCACCCUCUUUUAAACUUACUAGAUUUUCCUUACAAAUAAUAUUUAGAACCUUCUUAUAUAUUUCUUAUAUUUUGAAAAAAAAUGAACUAAAUAAUAAUAAAAAUAAGAACAAUGUGAAACACAAGCUUGCUACUAAUAGGAGUAAUAAAUUGUAAAGCGCUGAAAACCCUGUAAGGAAGGUCAGUACAGUCGUACCUUGGUUUUUGAACAGCUUAGUUCUUGAAAGUUUUGGCUCCUGAAUGCCGCAAACCCAGAAGUGACUGUUCUGAUUUGCGAACUAUUUUUGGAAGCCGAACGGCCAAUGGGGCUUCCACAGCUUCCGAUUGGCUGCAGGAGCUUCCUGCAGCCAAUCAGAAGCCAUGCUUUGGUUUCUGAACAUUUUGGAAGUCGAACGGACUUUAUUGUGUUGUUAUUCUUGUAUAGCCUAAAGGCAGUUGAGACCAAGAAAACAGUGGCUUGCCUACAGAGUAAUACCUGGCAAGUUGAUUCCAGAGAUUUGAACCGAAUAUUUUCCAAUUCAAAUUCAUACAUUCCACAAUUCAGACUGUUAAAAACCACUUCAGACUGUCAAAAAGUAAAGUGAGGAACAGAGAUAAGAGAGUAUUUUUCUGCAUCUAUUUCUGGAAACCAUUUUAUAAAGACAGUUUUAUUUAUAACCUGCUGGUGCUGCAAGUUAGGGGAGAAAUAAGUGUGUUUUUUAAAAUGUUGAAAGUAAGCCUUCUGUUAGGAAUAAAAGUAAAAUGAACUGAACAAAUGAAUCUUAUAAUUCUCUGAUUAUCAUCAUGUUUGCUGCUUUCUAUCACUUCCACCCUUUGUUUCAUUUUCUGUCACCUCCCUUCCUGUAAUGCACAUUCCUAGUGGCUUCAGGGUACAGGGACAUCCUUGGAGGACUACCAAACUUGGAAUGUCUCCCACCCAUUAAGCCAGUGUCUUUUCACUGGUAUCAAACACAGUUCAAAAUUGGAACAUUCUACAUGUACCCAUUUUAAUAACCAUGUGUUGAAAAGGUUAAAAAAGGCAAAGGUGAAAAAUGGGAAUGAAGGCCCUGUGUGUAGCAAAUUUCCUUAGUGUGCCCAUUCUUGCCUCAUCAUAAAAAGGAAGUUACAAUGUAAAGAGUCCAACUAAUACAACACUGUUAAAGUGGAGCAGGCCUCUGAUGGUUAAAGUGUAUGGUUGGGCACAGUGCUUUGUAUGCACAAGAGAUUCAGAUAUUUUUAAAAACGGUUCUUUCAUAUAUUAGUUUUUAACUAGCUGAGCUCUUGUUAGGAGCACUGUUGCUUAGCCCUCACAAACUGUAUCUUUUGUAUUUAAAUAAUAAUAAGGUAACUGCAGGUAAACUGCAGAAGCAGUGAAUUAAAACAAGAUAUGUAAAUUUCUAAAGUAGUAGAGGAGGAUAUUGAUUAUAACAGUGAGAGGGUGCCGUUCUAAGAGGAAGAGGUGUCUGACCUGUACUGAAGUUGGUAAAAAAAUAAAAAUGCUGCCCCCCCAAAAGCCAAGUCUUUUCUUAGGCUUUCAAAUACUUUAGUAAAAAAUAUAGCCAUACCUAUAGUACAAAGUGUUUUAAAAUAUAAUUUCAUUCAGUUAUUUUUCAUUGACUGUGGAGGGCUUUAUUUCUGAUCGUUUUUCAGAUCAGCUUCACCGAAGUAUGGAUUCACUAUUAUGAAUAGGCUGAGUAUGGAAAAUCGGACAGAACCCAUAACUAAAGAUCUGGAUUUCCAGUUGCAGGACCCUUUUCUGCUUUACAGAAAUGCCAGAUGUGAGUAACACUUUCAUGCAUUAACUAAACUCAUUCUUGGGGUUGAAGUAUGCUUCUUCCAAGCUGCUUCUUGAAAAUCUCUGUGGAAAUUUUCAAAACUUGAAAAAGUAGUUUUAAAAUUUCUUACUUUUCAAGAAAGCAGUUGAAAAUCCUGGAUUGGCUGCACUAGCGAGUUCUCCAAGGGAAACUCCAUAUCCAGCUAUUCCUUGAAGAGACUUGCAAAGAGUCGAUCAGUGGCACUUCAAAGCACUGCAGAGGGUUAUUUGCAAGCACCCAGGAUGGUGCUUUGAUGUCCUGACUUUUGCUAGGACUUCAAAGCGCUCCAUCAUUUGAUGUCAUUGUGAUGUCAGGUGACUGCUGUGAGAGAUAGGGUAUAUAAGGAUACGGCCCGCAGCCAGAUCUAGUUCUUCACCCCUGUUGUAUAGCAGGUUCCUGGGUUCUCUAGCACAAGCAAGAAAUGGGUAUGUUCAUACAGGUGGGCUCAAUAACUCCCAUUGAGAUAUGUGAUAAACUCAUGUUUAUAGCAGCAAGGGCUUAAUCAGUGAUGCUGAUAUCUUUCUAGUGGUCUCAGUUUAUAGGUAUUUCUUUGAAGGAUUUUUACUCUGCUCUUCAGCUGAUAAAGGUUCCCACUUGUCCUGAAGGAUGACUGUGUUGCCUUGGCUGCCUUCUAACACUGAGGAGGCUGGAUGCCUCAGGCUGCUGAUUUUAGAUGUCACAAAAGGGUAUCAAAUUGUUAGUUAUUCUAAUUACUACUAUUAUUAUCAGUAGUAUUAGCCACGUAUUUUUACUGCCAGGAAAAGGUUCUAAUGGGAUUUUCUGCCUCGGGUGCCAAAAUAACUUCGCUGGCCUUGGGUACUAGGCCCUGUGACUUGUCGGGGUGUAUGGGGUGCAAUUUAUUCCUCCUCAGGGAGGAAAAUGUCUUGAGCCAACCUUUAUCGUGACAAUGAAAUUUUGUUAGUACACCAGCCAUGUGUCUUAUCCAGCAACCCAACCUACAGAAUAGUCUGCAUGAGUCAUGAGCAGGCUUGCCAAAAUAAUGAGAGAAGCACUAGUUUAGAACCCCAUGGUGGGAAAAGCAGUGACAGGGGCAUUUGGGCAGAGAAGAAGCAGGGAGUGGAAAGAGUAUAUACUCCCCCCCCCUUCAAAUUUCCCUGUCCCAUGCCUGCCUGCCUGCCUGCCUGCCUUUUAAUGUGGCAUUAGGGUUCGUUUAAACAACAUUUGCAUGUAAUUUGUAGUUAGUAGUUCUUUAUGUAACACUAGCAUCUAGCAACCCUGAACAGCUUGUAGUUCUGUUGUGCUUUCACAAAUGCAUAUUAAUAAAGAAUCCAUCUGCCUAAGAGAUUACAGCAUUCUCUAGGUUUUAAAUACCAAAUUAGACUCAUAGGCAUAACAAACACUUGAAGAGGAUGAGAAAAGCUGGGUUGUUUUCUGUUGUGUUUGUACACAUAUGGGUUACCCACACCAUAUAGUGAUAUCAAGGACUGAUUUUUCUCUUCCAUUUUACAUGUUGGCCUUGAGGAAAUGUGGUGUCCCAAGAACUCUUUAGAAAGCAGGGAUUCUGUACACUUGGGAAUCAGAGCACUUUGGGACAUGGGACCAAUGCAGAUGCAAUCUUUAUGCUCCCUCUUUCCCAUAGUUGAAUGCCUGUGGGAAUGCAUGAUUUGCCCUCCAUAAAUCUCCUCUCCUCUCUUGGGCACAAAUGCUACCCUUGCUCUUAAUCAUGGUUAAAGGAAUUAAGCACUAAUCAUAAACAGGGAUCAGCUUGGAUUUGAAACCAUACAGCGAAGGUAGUCAUAUAAAUAAGCCCAUAAGUUAUUAACCUGUUGCAGCUGGCACAGGAAGGAUGGAGAGCAGUAGCAGACAGCAUGGUGGAACGGCACUUCUCAUCCGACCUGUCAGUUGCAUUGCUGCUGCUUACAGGAAGUAGAGGGGGAGGGACAAAGUCCAAUCUGGCAUUCCUGCUGGUGAAUUUGCAACACACUGAACUGGUUUCCACCUUGUCUCUUCCCCCUCUACCUCCCUGUAAGCACUGGUGAUGUGACCAACUGGAGGUCAAGUCAGUGACCAUAACCAUGCUGACCUCAACUGAUGAAGCUCUGCCCCACUUACAAUAGCUUGAUGUGUGUGUCAAAGGGUAGUGUUUAAAUAUAAGGCUGUUUGGUUGUAGUAGUAGUAGUAGAUGACAGCAUAUUUAAACAGCAAACUAUUCAGCAAAAUAAAGUGAGAUGUCUUAGGUCAAUUAGUGAGCAAAAUAAUAUAAGACAGCAACAUUGCAUCACAGGAGGGCCAGAGAAAAUCCUCCUCCAAGCUAGAGGAUUAAAGGAAUACUGUCACCAAUUCUCUGUCUUGCAGUCUUAGUGGGUAGAAACCUGACAUACAAUGAGAAAUAAAAAAUAAAGAAACAGAAAGCUAGUGUUCCCAAACUAGAAUAAUACAGAGUGCCCUUGACACCACCCCUUGCUAACUAUUAGUAUCACAACACAAAGACUCUUAACUUUCUGCACUGCUUCCUGUCCCAGCCAUCCCAUAUUUAAAUAGCAAAAGGAAAAAGAGAGAAGUUUGUGCCUCUUUUUGGGUUUAGGGAUGCCUGCAAUGCAUUCUGAACCAUUGCUUAACCUUCGUCUCCUCCUUACAUCAUGCCAGUGGCUAUUGCAGCACUGUUCCUUCCUAUGCUGCUGAACUAAUGCGAGAAUCCCUGGGCCACAUCAGAAGAGCUUGUUUUGCACCUCCUCCUCAUGCUAGUGUUAUCCCAGAUUCCAGAGAGUGCAGCUGCUUAUGGUGUUUCCUCCCUCGCCCCUUUCUAUGCAAUGCUGGGCUUUGCCUGAAAACCAAAGGCCAUAAUGUCUCCAUCACAAGUGAAUUUAUAAGGUAUUAACACCAAUAGUUGAGAGCGAUUAGGAAGGAAAGAGGAGUAAUGUUUGCCAGCUUUGUAAAGCAAGCCCUCAAAAGUUACUAGCCUUCAAACAUUUUUACAAGUGUGCUGGGGGCUAACAGAGGCGGAAGAGAGAGACACAUUUCUUCUGCCCUCUUUCAGCUGCCUGUUUCGUUUCACACUAAACACAGAGGAAGGACACAGGGCUCCAUCCCUCCUUUCCCAGGCUGCUCACUUCCUUGUAUGGAAUUCCUGGUUGCCGACGGCUACCGAACUGAUUAUUAAAUGCAAGACUGGGCUAAGGCAUGUGAGACUUGGCUCAAAUUAAGCUCUUAUCUGCAUAGCUUGGCAUUACUGUUGUUCUGACUAAGUGUGCACAUGUGCUGUUGCCAUGGAUAAUCUUGGUGUCUUUUUCUGGAGCAUGCAAGAUCAAGGCUGAGAACAAAAUAACUGCUACAGUUGUUGAAGAACAAGAAGUAGAAAAUUCCUUCCCCUCCUUGUUCUGUAAAAAGCAUUCAUUUCUGUUCCUCUUGCUUGCCAUCUGGUUAGGAACCCUGGAUAUUAUGACACCCUUAACCAGCCAACAUCAGCAGUGGUUUUUGUCUACCAUUUCAUCUGUUCCUCUCAAAUCUUCAGUCUUCUCUAGAUUUCGUUAGAGUGGACUAUGAAUAGUUGUUAUAGCAAGUCUCGUUAUAAAAAAUUAGGAAACAAAAUGUUUUGAAGUAAAAAUGUGAUCCAUCUGAGCUGAACUACUUUUUAAAGUCCCAUUUGAUUUCAGUAGGACAAAACUAGCCAUGCAUUGAACUUCCCCCCAGAGAUCAACGGGACUUGAAAGUGCUUGAUUUUAGCUCAAAGUGCCCUGGGUGCAAAAUGUGGUUGAUAAUUGACCCUGAUCACAUCUCCAUAUCCAUUGGAUACUUGCUAAAAUAUGCUGACUAUUCUAGUUCAUCCUCACAUAAUGGCCCAGUUCAGAAUAUAUUAUCUCAGCUCCUUUGCUCCUCCCUUUGUGGCAUGAACCAGGAAGUAUCUAAUUAACUACAGUGUUCAUUUUUGUCUAAACCAGGGGUUGUCAUCCUGGUUCCUACCGCCCACUAGUGGGCAUUUCAGGAUUCUGGGUGGGCGGUAGGGGGUUCUACGGCACAAGCUGAAUCCUCCUUCCAUUGAGCACUGGUGGGCGGUAAGGAAAUUUUACCAUCAAGAAAGAUGCAUUAGUGGGCGGUAGGUAUAAAAAGAUUGACUACCCCUGGUCUAAACUAUGGCUGCCAGCUGUGUCUGAACUCUAAAUUUCCAGCUUUGGAACAAGCUGGGAUCUAUGAUUGAGGAUGCUGACUUAUUCCAAAGCUGGCAACCAUAGUUUCCCAGUAUAGAUGGAACAAAAAAUUGUGGUUAAUUGCAGACUUUCUGGGUAGAUGGUUGGCACUGUGAAGGAGCGAAGGGGCUGUUUGCAUGGGCAAAAGGCUUGUUCAUAUCUUGUCUUAAUAAGCCACAAUAUGAUGGUCCAAACACAACUUUGCUUUUAAAUACUUAAAAUAAUUGUUUGCUAUUUUUCUUAAACUGGAUUCUUUCCCCUCUCUACCCCUCCAAUUCAAAAGAAGUUCUAUUCUAAGGGUAAAUACAGUUCAUAACCUCAGCUGUAAUCAGGCGUAGAUUCAAUAAUAGUUAUUUGCUUGGACUAGCUAACUAUAGCCUAGAAGCAAAAUUAGUGCUUACUGUAAGAAAAUUACCUCUUUAUGCCCUUCCAUUACAUUGGCUAGUACUUAUAUUCUUCAAAUAACAUUUUUUCUGUUGUAUAUUAUUUUGAAUAACGUAUUUUUGUAUACAUUUCAGCCCUGGUUAAACUAUUCUGUGUAAUAUAAAAAUGAGCACUUGAUAUAUUCAAGCAUAAUUCUAGCAAUAACAGAACUUUGAACGUCAAGUAGGAGGACUAAACAACUAAAUGAAACCCUAACCCUUCGCUUAGGCAGUAUUUGAAGUCAGUUUGGUUUCAUUAUACAUGUGUAUCUGUAGGUAUCAAAUGAAACAGAGAUCUGUUAGUAAUGGCAAGGGACAGAACUUUUGCUCCUCGGAAGUAAAAUACUUCCAUGCUGUAAAGAGAAGUAUUAUAGUGUGGGUUACUAGUAUAUAAUUUCCCUGAACAGGAACUUUACUUCAACUGUGUUGUGCAAACAAUUCUAUAUUGUUACAGUAGACUAUCACAGAACUCUAAGUUGAAAAGUUCCAAAAGGUCUUCUAGAUUAGUGGCUUGCAUAUUCAGUAAAUAUUACAUUAUGGGUCUUAUGGGCAGAAAUAAACUGAGAUGACAUUGCAGGGCAAAUUGAAUAAUGUGACAUCAAACUGUUACAACAGUGUGCUCAGCCUUUUCUGUUAUGCAGGUCUGAAAACCACAGUUUUGCUACUUGUUGGUCUGACAGCAAACUUUCCCCCCUGGUAUAGAAACAUAGAUUUAGAAAUGUCUGCUUUUAGAGAAAGAAGACCUGUUUCAGUUUUAAGUCAUGCACCAGCUGUACUGUGUAUUUUUAUGUAUAGACCAUCAUAUGACAUAUCAUAUUUCAUAGGGUGGCUUGCCACUUGAAGAACCUCCUGAGGAGCCUGUUUUCCCCUAGAACACAUAUUUAAAGCUGCUGGUAUAGAACCACUUUCCUGCUCUGAGGUAGACCUGUAUACGAAGCAAACAAUAUCCACAUUAUACUCAUUGCCUAUAGAUUUCUUGGUACUCUAGUACAAGUCUUCUCCAUUGGAUGUCUUAUCUAAACUUUCAGCACAUUUUGACCUAGGCUCCCAGCACUUGUUGGAGAACCAUUGAUAGAUCAUUCUGAUACACCAAAAAUACCAAUUCAUUACAGUAUCCAUCUUCAUUAAUAUUCAGUAUUGUAUCAGAGCAAAACUAUGCCAUGUGAGAAGAGGUUGAAUGAAGUGCUUAAGAUAACAAUGCUAUGCAGAUUGUCAAUGGCUGGUGCUGAUUUUGCAAUGGUUCUCCACUCUUGGAGGUAAAAUCUGAGGGGUGGUAUGAGAGGCACUUUUUGAGUUUUCUGCUAGUAUGGAUGGUUCCAAAUUCAUAAAAAGACUAAUGCAGUACACUGUACAGUGCCAGAGGUUCCCUUUCUCGAUUUCAAAAUAUAGACAGUACAGUUUAGUCUGGACAUAUUUUGUUGAGAAAAUAUGGCCAACUGCCAUAUUGGACAUUUCUUUGAGAUAAGAUAGGCCUUUCCAAGUAGACUGGACAGUUUUAUUUGAAAAAGGAGACACUAUUCUUGUUCCAUACUGUUAUUAUAUACCCAUUAUGAGAGGUUCUGUAUUCUGAUUUUGUGCAAACAUUUAAAAAUAAUCAAAAUUAUUUGUGACCAUGUACUGAGUAAUUUUGAAAAAUGAGAAAUUAGAAAACAAAAAUCUCUGACACAGUGAGCAUUUGGAAACCAGUCUUGUUAUCACAAUUUUAAGAAGCUAGACGUCAGUUCUCUGCCAAAUUAUGUAGGCAUAUUUAUUUCUGAAAUUGCCUGUCUCUGUAAGUACUCUGGGAAUUCUCAGUUCUAAAGACCUUUCUUAUAAAUUUAGAAAUAGAAUUUUAGAAUAUUUCACCUGCAGAUACCAAAAUAUUCACUCUAUUUUUUCAGAUAUCAUAAAAUACAGUUAUCUUUUCAUUGAGUUUUGUAUAUCAUGUUGCUAUGGGUCCUUACCUCCAGGUGUGAUGUAGAAGCAACUGAGUUGGGUUUCAUGGACCAUCUUGCCAGUAUACUUCACUCCAGGCUCCCCUGGGUGGUGCGUAGGAAGUGGACGAUAAGCUGUAGUUGCUUGCCGAACAAUGGUCUGAAACAUCCUGUUCUUCAAAAUGAAUUCUCACAGUCCAAACGGAUAGAUGGCAAAAGUGAACUCUUUGCGUGGCAGUGACAAUUUCAUUAGAAGUAUUCAAACCUAGUAGCUGGAAAAUUUGCAAAAAUUGUACAUUUUUGUUAAAACUCCCAAAGGCAGCCCGAAGGAAACCACUUUACAAUCUGAGCGAUAUCUUGUGUGUCGCUCCUUGUUUUUUUCAGUUCUUCCCAGUCUUUUUCUUGCGAUCUGUGCCUUGUGCUUGCUUAAAAUCCUUCUCCUCUGUUAGUUUUACAGGGAAAACUUGGACUGAGAAGUGAGGAUAAUAGGCUCCAUCUGCCUGUCAGUUCAUCACCUCCCUGAGUCAUAGAGGUCUCUGGUUUUCAUACAUCACCACCACUGUCUCUGAUAAUGUACCCUUGUAUUUGGAGGAAUAUGUCUUUCUAAAGGGGUUCUUGGACUUUCUGGACCCAGAGAGAAAUUUUCAUCAAAUGAAUGAAUUACAUUUUUUUUUUAAUGAGAACCAGGCCAAUAGAGUUACAAAACGGUGAUACACACGAGUCUUAUGCAAUGCAUGUUUGAUGCAUAUUUUGCAGUGCGUGUCUAGAUCCUUUCAUCUAUAUGCAAUGUGAUAAAGUGCCUGUUUCAGUGCCAGCCCUGAAAACUAGCCUUCUAACAUUUUUCAGCGAUUAAAAAAUAACUCCCGGAUAACAUCUCCUUAAAAGGAAAGGAAUGCAGUUUACCCUAUAAGUAUGCAACCUUUCCAGUGAAAUUAAUCUGAGAUUGCAAAUGGCUCCACAGACUGAUGAGUGAAUAAGCUUGUUUUUGUGUCUGGGAUUGUAAAUCAUUCAGGGGCAGCAUGCUUUAAAUGAUGGUGUUGCCUUAACUUUAUAUUCGGAUACUAUGCAUGUGGUUAGUAGUCUGUCCCAGCCAGGAGACUGCCCUAUUGUAAACAUGCAUUCCUUACUGGGUCACACAGUGCUCAAGAUACCGUUGAAAACCCCACUCACUCCUAUCUGUAUUGCAUUCAUUUAAAGUGCUACUUCGCAUUUCUGAGCCUGCAAUCCUGUGGCAUUUGAGCCAUUUUUAUUUUUUUUAUGAAAGCAGCCAGGGCACUGUUAAGGGAACUUAAACACCAUUAUAGGAUUAUAAAUCCCUUUUCUUCCAAGCAGAAGUUAACCACAGAUUUCUUGAGCUAAAGAGAGAUUUGCACUCUUGGUAAUAAAUCUAAUCCAAUCCAUAACUUGUCACAAGAGAUGGAUUUAAUUUGUUUUGAGGCAUCUGGUUUAGGCAAUCAUUUUUGGAUUGUGAUAUUUAAGUAUGUAACAACUCUUGCCCAUAUAACACGUGUGCAGGUACCACCAGAUUCAAUAAACAUGCAUAAGUGUGGUGUCAUAUGGGAGUCCUAAUGUGAAAUAGAAGUGACGUGUGCUGCACUGGUGAACUUAACACUCCGUGAAGGAAAAUGAAGAGCAAGCAGUUCAAAAUGUAUUCUUUUCUGAUCUAUUUAAAUAAGAGAGGAAUUGAGAACUGGUGCCAUAAGGAGAUGGCAGGUAUAUUUGGCCUAUGCAACACUACUGCACUCUAGUCAAAGGGAGAAUUGCAGGGAGACUCUCUGCCUUAGACAAUAGGUCAGGAGUCCAGCAAAUAAGUUGAUAUUCUCUGGCCUCUUUUACAGCUUCCAAGAUGGGUUUUCUUGCUGGUCUGGACAAACUGCUAUUGCUUUCUCGGGAUUUGAGUCUGACACUGUUAGGAAUGCAUUCUGCUCCAGUCCUUUGCCCUUUGCAGGUCAUGUGGGGUACCAGUUCAUCAAAUGUGAUAUCCAUCACAUUUAUAUUUUCAAGUGAAGAGACUUCUCAUGUUGAUUUUUCUAGUUCUGUGUACCUUAAGGCAUUUUGCAUUUGACACUUUAUGUUAUGAUAAAAAUAAACAAAUCAAUUCAUGCUUUUUAUGGUUUUAAACUGUUGUUGAAAAAGUUCAGGCUUAACAGAGUGCAUUUUAAAAAAAACUAUCCAGUUGUGUAGGAAUAUUAAAAUAUUUCCCUGGGGAGAGCUUUUGCUCAAAGCGCAUUGGGAUCCUUUCACUGAAGUCGUUCCCUUGCACUAUUUUGGACCCCACAACCACAUUUUUAUUGUGUUCAUCUGUUUGUGCUAUCCUGUUGUGAUUCUUCAGGACUCAGUAUUGUUCCCAUAUUACGGAUGUAGGGUGAGUAGCUGAGGCUGAGAUAUGGUGGCUUUCCAAAGACUGCAUAGUAAAUUCAUUUCUGAGGUGAGAUUUGAACCAGUGACUUCCUGAAUUCCAGCUCAAGCUCUAGGCCUCUUUGUUAUAUUAGCAUUCUUGCAGUUUUUAGUUAGAAUUUAUUGCUGAGCAUAAAGAGGACUAAUAAAGAAUUGAGAAUAUUGUUGAACAGUUGUGUGAAGUGGAUUCUUUGUAGGUCUGUUCAUAGGAGCCAAUUCCUAGGGACCAAGGUCCCUUCGGGGGCCCCUCCCCCAUAAAAUAAAAUUUGAGGAGGCUGGCUUCCCUCCAAAUUUGAUGGGAAUUGCCAUUCAAAUGGUAUGGUGUGCCACAUCAUCUGAUUGGUUAUGCACAGCGCCCCCCCCCCCGGUAUCCCGGUAUUUUAUUCAAGUUGGCAUCCCUGAGUCUGUUCAUAUAAUAGUCAAAGUGUAGCAUAAGAAAAGCUGCAUUGGAAUAGUUUGCAAUUAAGUGAUUUGUGCACAGAUUACCAUUUUGAAGCGAUUAAUCAUCCAAGUAAUUUUUCUGAAGAACAGGAAUGCCGCAGAAAUUUAGAAUCGCAUUGACAGACUGAUACAGAAAAUACUUCAGCCCCAUGUACAAUUUCUGCUUAAGCACUCAGGCAAUGCUUUUAAAAAGCCAUUUCGCAAAUUCAAAACAUUAUGUUAGAAAUGGCCCUAAAAUGAAGCAAUGUUAAGUAGUGAAGGUAUACACUAAAAAAGAGAGAAGCAAUACACUGUUGGUGUAUUUCACAGGUUAAGAUGAAUUGUUCUUGUCUGUAGUCUUCAGACUGCUCACUUGCACAUUAAUCCCAUUGACUUCAGGGGAGAGCCUUGACAUUAAACAGUGUAUUUUGCCCUAAUCCAUUGAACAGCAUGUGCAGCUAAGGCUCUUCAUAAACCAUGGAAGGCAAGACAGUAAGCACAAGCUGUUCUGCAGUUUGUAACAAGAAAGGACCAAUUGCACGUGACAGUACUCAGUUACCGGGUCUUGGGUCACAUGACACAAGCUGCAGCGCAGUCUUUCAAAAUAGGAGAUUGAACCCUAACCUUAUUCACUGUCUUGUUCAAAGGCGAAAUUGCAUCCUUUCAUUACUGAAAACUCAUUUCUCAAGCUGCACUCUCAUUUGUCAGCAAGUCUCUUUUUGGAAAAGCAUGUUGGCUAUACACAGCAAGAGAAAAUAAAGAAUGCUUAGCUGGGGGAAAGUAGGAAACAUUCUCUUUGUUGCUUGUUGAAUUAAAAAAUGUCACAGGAAACAUUUAUGGUGAUAAAAUAUGAUGAUGUAAAUAGAAUAAAAAAAUUGUGAUGUAAAUAUGAAGUGCAAAUUAAAACAAUCUUUAGGUAAUUAAAAAUAAUGCUAGCCCUAAAAUAACAUCUCUGACUUGGCAAACAAGCUUAAGUUUAUUGGGAUGUGUUUGAAUGCAUUUGCACAAAUUCAGCAUUUAAUAUAGGCAAGUAAAGAAUAUAUGAAACCCAAAUCUGCAAUUCCCAGGAGGAGAAAGUUCAAAUUGAGAACUCCCAAAGGAGCACCAUGACAGCAAAUGACCAAUUGAUCUUGUCUGGAUGUACGCUUAAUUUGAGGUGGUAUAUUUCAGUUAGGGUCUCAUAUGUACAGCAUAUGAUUUACUGCAAAGCUAUAGUCUCCUUUGAGAAUUAGAGCGAGUGUAUUUAAUAAUAUUUCCCUGUAAUUCCUCCUGAGGUUACUUUGAUUUAUAAAUUAGCCCCUGGGUGCUGAAACUAAGAUAGAAAUUACACCUUUGGAGAUUGAAUAGUGCAUUGAUGUGGUUGUAUCUGGUUUUGAUCUCAUGAGGGCAAAUUACAAAUAGUGGAGACCAUGCAAGAAUUGUAGGGAAAUAUAUUAUGGUAAUCUACAUGCCUGCAGGUGUGUUUCCACCAUCAGUGGGGGUGGAAUUAUUCCUUGUUUGGGCAGGAUGAUGCUGCAGUAACUCAGUGCAACUGAACUCCAUGCCAAUUUACUUCAUAGCAAACAUAUAGCAUAGCCACCUAAUUGGAAUUGAGUUCCAGUGAAGUAACCUUCAAGUUAAUGUGCUUAGGCACUUGAUGUUCAAAAACCUAACUUUAACUAUUGAGUGCACUUAAAAUUGCAUUGCAGAAGGUGUGACAUCACGUUCUGUAUUCAGAUGGUCUGAGGACAAAUGCUAUUUUCACAUUCAGCAUGAAAAUAAGUGCAUAUAUCACUCCUUAAUUUGGGACCUAAAAUAGCUCUCAUUAUCACCUUCAAUAGAUUUUUCUGCUAAACACUUCUGGGGUGGGGCUUGUUGGCUUGUGCUUCAAGAUUUAAUUUCCUUUUUCUGUAUAAAAUGUGGACAUAUUGUCACAAUGUAAAACCAACAACACCUCCUGAAUUAUGUAUACAGGCGUCCUGGACCCACUACAAUCUAUUGUGUUAAAUGCUUUAUUUAGACAAGUAAAACAAAAAUCUGGGACAUUGAUAGAAAAUGUUCGGUAAAAAUGGGUGCAGUCUUUUAAACAUUGCUGCUAUUUAUAGUGAUUAUUUACCCCCAAAUGUUCAGAACAAAUCUCUUAGCAGACAUAAAUUUUCAGUUAUUCCAGGAUUUCCAGUUUACCAAAGCGAUGAUAGAAGGGGAGACUGUCUUUUACUCCAAUAACAGAAGGUUUAUAACAUUGCAUAUACUUUGUUCUCUCUAUCAACAUUCCCCAACUAAUCAUGACCACAUAACCUGAUCACUCUGAAAGCACUCCAGAAAGUAUCCCCAAUUCCAUUCCAUGCAGAUGGGUGAAAGUUGCCCGUUCAUUCAAGGCAUUGGGGCUAGUUUCCAGCAGCCAAAGGUCCAAAUGUAACGUUUUCAAACGUUAAUAAAAAUAAAUAAAUGCAGACCUCAUGGAUGGGGCUGCGGACAGUGUUGCACAAGUAGAAGUUGGAAGGACCUGGUGCGUUGGUACAGAGCCAGAACAGAAACUGGAAGGUAUGGGGAGCAGCCAAAUAUGUGCAUCAUAUAGCAACAGGGGGAAGGUAAAAUGCAACUGUUUAAGGCUUACAAAAUAUUUUUGAAACCUUUACAAAGCCAGAGGGUGCUGGAAAGCAUUGUAAUGUGUUGUUCAUUGUUUGUGUUUGAUGUGCAUUUACAGUGUCCAUUUAUGGAAUUUGGUUUUAUGAUAAGGAAGAAUGCCAAAGAAUUGCAGAGCUCAUGAAAAAGUAAGUGCUGGUGGUCAAGGAAGCCCUUUGAGGAUUUUAUUUGUGAUCAUUUGCAUGUUAUAGCAUUGUUCAUUAUAUUGAGCCUGUUUAAGAUUAACCCCCUUUAUAUUAACAGCAUAAAUGGGCUCAUUAAAGCAGAAAAGUCAACUGACGCUGCAGUACUGUGCACACGUAAAUAGCAGUAAGUCUUAUUGAAAUCAAUGGGACUUACUUCUGAAUAAAACUACAUAAGAUUGUACUGUGAGGCAUAUUUUAAUUUGGACUAACGCAUUUUGGAAUUGUUCAGUGAAAGUUUACUUCACUGGGAGGAAAGCUCAUUUUGAUAAAGACUGAGGAGGAAAUAAAUCACAGGCAAAUGUCUGUAAAUUGUAAUUUAUUUUUAUACUUUGCAGUUUAUUUUGUAUAGUCUAUUCCUAUUGAUCUCACUUGCCCUGGUAUAUGGAAAAAUAUGCAACUUUAUUCCCUACUUCUUUGAAGUAGGACUGUUUCUUUGAAGUAGGACUGAAGUAGGAUUAACCUGCUGAAACAGGUUAGUGCCUUCAAUAAAACCUGGAUUAUACAAUUAAGCCAAGGACCAUACACAUUCAAUAAAUGUUAUAAAUGUGCUUGCUAUAGUAUAUAGAGAUCAGGUCUUAGUAUUUUUAAUAUAUUAGUUUUAUAAUAUCCAAACACUGAUGGAUAGCAUCUCUUUCUAAGUGCCCUGAAUGAUGAAAUUCCACCACGGGGUGGAUUAGCUAGGUACCGGUUUGAGGGAUCCUAUCUGGAUUGCUGAGGUCAGAGGUCCUCCAGGCCAUAAUCUGAGGCGGCAGUGGCUCUUUAGGGUGUCAGACAGGGUCUCUCCCAGUCCUACCUGGAGAUACCAGGGAUCAAACCUGGGGUGUUCUACAUACAAAACAAAUACUGUACCACUGAGGUAAGGCCCUUCCCUCUCUCUCUUUCGUAAUCCUGUAGCCAUCUGUGUGGUAAUGGUAGCUAGGCCACUUGCAGAGGCAUUCCAGUUAUUCUGGUUCCCAUGUUACUUUUACACUCACUUUGUAUCUAAUGCCAUGCUCUUGCAAUUGGUCAUACAUAUGAUGUUUGGGCUGUAACUUUCUAAAUAUACAUGGGUGGAGUCUAGUGUAGAAUCUGGUAUAGGUAUACUCAAUUUAUCAUCUAAAUUCUAACUCUAACCAGAUGCCUGCAGCUUAGAGGAUUUAUCAGGGGAGUUAAAUUUGCCUGGGCAUAACAAUGGACCAGCCAAUCUUUGUUUUUGCCCAGUUACAUUACAGUGCGAUCGCUGUGAAACGAUCUACAGAUUUACUUCUCCUGCUAGGCAUUGAUCAGGAAAUUCUACAAGACCUGGAAAUGGAUGUACAAAAGAGUCCAUCUGCUGUAGAGAAAGAGAGAAGAUGUUUCACUCUAGGAAAGUCAGAGCUCCUCUUUCUCAGCAUUAUUAUUUAGAUUUUUACCCCAAAGUUUCCUCCAGAGGAGCCAGAGGGCAGCAAAACAUAUCAAUACUAAUACAAUUAAACUUCUAAAAAUAUUUAAAUACUUCUAAUAACAAUCACCUACCGUUUUAUCCUAUCCUGACUCACAUUCACAGUGAAGUACAAUAGAAAACUAUAAGCUACACAUUACUGCUUAUUAGACAUUACAGAAAUAUGCACAGAUCACAAAUUUAGUUAACAUUUCCCUAACACAAUUUAAUUGCAGCUAUAGUCUUUUUGAAAAAAGAAAUAGGCAUGUAUCCCUCUUGUGUAGCAAUUGAAAGGAGCAGAGUAAUUAUAUUAAAAAUCUCUAAUAUCUUCCCUUAGUUGUAUUCCCCACCCCACCGCAUCAGAAGUGUGCAAAUGCUUCCCUCAUGGGGAAAUUUCUGAACUUUUUCUAGUGCUGUGAUACAAUUUUUGAGAUAUACUGCACCUAAUGUUCCAAAUGUAGUCACACAGUAGAUCUAUAUAAAAGUCAUUGUAAUAUUGGUAGUUUUAUUUUCCAUUCCCAAUAUUGACUUGUCUUUUUCACUUCCACUGCGCAGAAAGUUGACAGUUUCAGUGAACUGCCUACCACAACCUCAAGUUCUGUUUCUUGGGUUAGUUGCAGUCAAUUCAGAUCCCACCUCCAUAUGUACAAAGUAGUUCUGUUUUGCCCCAGUGUGCAUCACUUAGCCCUUGCGCACAUUAAAUGCUGUGUGAAGCUUUCUUAUCAUUCACUCGGUUUGGAGCUAGAUUCUUCUGGAACUCUUCAAUUUGCUUUUGCAUUUCACAGCCCAGAUAACAAACUUGGCUAUCUCACUGCUUACCCCUGACUUAAGAACGUUUAUGAAUAAAAGGUAGCAUUCCCAGUACAGAACCUUUGGGUAGUUUAUUGAUAAUUUGUCUCCUUAUUUUAAACUGUUUAAAAUGUCUGUUUCCUUUUCUUAAGCAGUUAUUGAUCCAUAAGAGGUUGAUAUGGCAACAGUCAUCUAAAACAAAUAUUAGCAUAGCUAGCAUAGUGUGUAGCCUGUGCGGGGAGUGGAAGCAUAUUGAGCCAUGACCAAUACAUGAUCCAGAGGAAUAGGUCUGUUUGAUCGGCUAUAGCAAAAAAAAGAAAUAAUCCUGUGUCACCUUAAAGGCCAAUAAGACAAUAAAACAGGUUUUGUUGCUCCUUGCUUUUGGUGGCGUUUGGGGCCCCAUUAUUUACAGAUCUUUUCCCCUCCUUUCUGCUAACAUAGAAUACCCAUCAAAUAUCCAAUCAAAAGUAGAGUCCAAAGACUCUUGAGGAUAAGAGUUGUGGGCUCCUGGAGCACUGACCUCUAUGAAGGUGGAUUUUACAUAAAUCUCUUGCUGCAAUGCUGGAAGAAGCAACACAUUAAGCGCUCUGUCAUCAGUGACUCGGAUAUCUGUUGUCACAUGUUGUAUUCAGCCCACAGUGAAAUAUCCGCAAUCUUGACCGUUUGGUGCCUGUCCUUAACUGCUUCCAUGCCUGAUCAGAAAGCCUCUGGGAGCCUCAGCCUAGAACGGGAGACUGACAAAGUUGACUUGUAGCCCAUGAAAGCAACUGAGGAAAGAGAGUGGAGUGCCUUAUAUUGACAAUCCCUGUGUGGCAGUGGUGCCUUUGUCAUGGUGAACAACACCACAAUGGUUAAUAUCAGGAGCAAGAAAGAAUUUAUACAAGAUUUCAGGAGAAGCAAGCUGUCAUCUCAAACAACUGUACGUUAUUGAAAGAUAACUGUGUCUAAUCAGCUCUCCCUGCAGUUUUUGGUGAUUAAAUGUCUCUCAGACUGCUAAUUUUCUUCAGUAAAAGACUAGUUUGUGAGGAUUUGUAUGAUUGUAAACCAUGUUUAGUGGGUUAUAAUAGCAGCAUUUCAUCUAGUUAAAACUGCACUGCAGUUCAGCCAAGUGACUGUGUGUUAGAAUUAUCAGCAGUUUGCAGUAAUUAUAAAACAGCUGGGGCAGGAAAUUGGUCAUUUACUAGCAGUUAAAGACUUGUUUGUGUAUAUUCGCCACCCUACCAUCACCAGCAAUCAUAAAAUGAGCUGUGGUUUAAUGUACUUCCCAGCCAGACGAUCUGUGACUGUGUUAGGGAUAUUUAAGUCUUUUAUGGCCCAGUGUGCACAAAAUUUGAGAAAUUACAUUAUCAACCCAGGCAAACCUUAUGAGAUAGCCCUUCUCCUCCAAAACAACAACCUUGGAGCCAUUCUUAAUGUCUGCUAAAUGAUUUGAAGCAGCUGGAAUUGAACUCCAUUUUCUCCCUCAUUUUUAACUUCACCCUUCAUUUCCAGUUUAACUCAGCAAGAACAACUGAAAGCACAGCAGGGGGCUGGCACUGGAAUUUCCCCAGUAAGCCUGAAUUUGGGUGACAGCAAAGAAGUGGAUAUCCUACGGAUGCUCAACAAAGCCAAAGAUGAAUAUACCAAGGUGAGGCCUAUCCUGUAUAAAACAAUACCUGCAAGUAUUCUUGGAUGAGACUAGAUUUAUCUAGAUGCACUACUGUCUGGGUUCAGACUCGGUUUUGGAACUGAAUCAGCUUUAGUUGCUCUGAUGGAUGACCUUCAUUAUGAAAGAGAUGGGGAGCACUACUGUGUUACUUCUGCUCAAUCUCUUGGUGGCUUUUGACACUAUUGCCCACAGUAUCCUACUGGACUGACUCAGAGGAAUUAGUAUUGGAAGCACCAUAUUAUGAUGGUUCUGUCCUUACCUUCAUGGCUGCGUUCUGAGUGUAGCACUGGAUGAAUACUCCCUGGCCCCCUGGCACUUGUGCUGUGGGGUCCUGCAGGGCCCAGUGCUAUUAGCAUUUAUACGAAGCCAUUGGGGGCAGUCAGUAGAGGUUUGUGGGAAAGAUGUCAUCGGUACACUGAUGAUACAUAGCUCCAUUUCCCCAUAACAUCUGAAUCAGGAGAGGCUGUGAAAGGUCUGAAUCAGGUGUCUGAAUGCAGUGGUGGGCUGAUGAGGGCCAAUGAACUGUGUUUGAAUCUUGAGAAGGCAGAGUCUCUUUGGUUGGGUAGCUCCCAUGUUCAGAAGAUAGGCAAGUACUUGUUCCAGAUAGGGUCACAUUCCCUCCGAAGGAACAAAGAAAAACCCAUUUUCAUGCUUGGUAUUUAAUUGUUUUUUUUCCCCUUUUAUUGUACAGUAGAAAAGAUUGUUUGGAAGACUACACUCAUACUGAAGUGGUUUCAUUUUUUCUCUCUUUGUUAGAAAACAUUUGUUUGAAGGAUGAGUCAGUCAGUCCAUGUCUGCUUCUUAUUCCACCCCAUCCCUCUAUUUCUUUAUCAUAAUUGGUUGCUAAGAAAAUAAUCUAUCAUAGAUAAUUUUAUGUUCGGAAGCCCUUUGAGAUACAAGAAUAGCUGUCCUCUCAAAGCUGGAGAUCAUGUACAUUAGGCUAAGCAAAGGUGACACAUUUUACAGUUUUAUUUGCAUCAAAAGCCACUGCACAUCAGGACCACCACGCUUCUCAAAAUAGCUGUUUUACAUUUUAUCAUUUUGUGACUGAAUUCCAUGUGAUGGAAUCAGCUUUUGUAUCCUUCAUAGACCCUCUUUGCACUGCAGUUUGGGAUAAUCACUAAGCAAAGAAACAUGAAGUCCAUUACUGGUUUUCUCAAUUGCUGUUGUACUGAUUAUUGCUGCUGCUGCUGCUGCUUGUUUCAGUUGUGAUAACUGCUUUUUAUUUUUUUAACAUUUGUAUUAUUAUUUAGCUUGUGCUUUUUAUCACUUCACAUUCUCUAGUGAUGUUUAGUAGAACAGCAAAUGAAAGUAUAAAGUAUUUAUAAUUCAAAUAAAUAAAUAGUAUCCACCAGUCUAACCUGACGCUAGAUACGCUCCCUUCCUUGCUGGUGUCAAUGUCUUCCAUCCAAAAUCCUGUAAAGCUGCUGCUAGUCAAUGCACCCAAUUGUGAGCUAGAUGGACCAAUGGUCUAAAGCAUCUUCCAAAGAAAAGAUAUUUAUUCAUACUAAUAGUGGUGCAGGCUCAGCAGCAGGCAAUUAGUCCAGAAGUCAUGAUUCCAAGGUACAUGUGGAAGGCAAGAGAUGCAAAAGUGAACAGAAGCAACAGAGAUGUCCUGCGGUUGUCACACCACUCGUGCCUAGCUUUUAAAUACGAGGUGGGGUGAGAUCACUCUCAAUACACUCUCACCUCCUGAUACUCCAUUCAGAUAUGUGCUUAGCCUGGGCGGUUGUGUCUGAUCCCACCUACAGAGGUGGUGCCUUCUGCUCUGCGACAAGACCCUUCUGACUCCAUCUUCCCCACUGAGUCCUCCUGCUCAGACCCUCUCCCUGGCUGGUCAGGGUCCUUCUCACUCCCCAAUGGGACUCUGCAGCAGGAGCAAUGAAGAGAGCCAGCACAUCUCUCCCCCGCCACAGUGCUACAUCUGGAGUCACAAGGAGAGGACCUCCAUCUUCCAUUCCUGGGCACCAACCUACAAGCCCCCCCCCCCCCCCCCCCGUUCUUUCUUCUGAUCCUCUACCGCCUGGGGUUGCCCAGCCAUACCAGAUCCUGAUGGAACUGAGAAGUUUGCCACUGCCAGUUUAAUUUCUUUUGUGGGCCAAGUGGUUGUUUUUAAUUUGCCCAGUCUUCUGUAGUUGGUUUUUAACUAUGUUUUAUUCUGUUGAAUUUUACUGGUGGGUAUGAUUCUGGGUCCCCCCCCCCUUUGCUAUUCUACUAUUUUAUUAUGUUACAUUUCUUUUAUUACGAUUUUGAAUAUGUUUGAUGUCUCAAGAGCCUUGUCAGGGACGAAAAUCUACUGUUAUAUCAAAUGUCAUGUGCUAUCUGGAUAACCUGCAGCCACUGCUGUUUUUGUUUUGUUUUUCUAAUGUUUUUUACCCUUUUAAAUCUAAGUCUAGCCUUUAGUCUGCAUGAAAUAUAGGUUAAGAGCAGAGUGAAGAGACGAUUAGAAUGGAAGAUGAUCUGUAUAAAAUCCCUCGUAUGGAUAUUUCCUGCACUUAUAUUGCAUGUGGCUCAUGUUCCAAGAAAAUCCAAUUGUCUUUCCUUCAGGUACCCUUGAUCCUCAUGGACAUUUGUCAAUUUGUCAGUUCUGUUUUCUCUUCUCAAGUUUAACUGUACUGUAUUCUUUUUUUCGUGGUGAUGGAGAGAUUGAAAAUAAAAAUUGCUUUCUAUAAAAAGAAUUAAUGUAGCAAUAUUUUUGUUUGUGUGUUGCAGUGUAAAAUGUGCUCAGAGCCAAAACAGAUAACCAGUUCUUCUGCUAUAUAUGACAACCCCAACUUGAUCAAACCAAUCCCAGUGAAGCCUAGCGAAACUCAGCACCAGUGUAUUCCUCAACAAGUCCAGGUAUGCUAUUGUAUUUACUUUCUUAACCCUAAGCUUCUUAGUUUAGAAGGCUUAUGAGUCUGUGUUAGGAGCCUUUCUGUGCAAUAAAAAAAGAUUACCUUGCUGGGUGAAGCUCUGCCAUCACAUCCAGUUUUGCUCUCAACCCAACCAUGAUCCACAAUUUCAUUACCCUGGUGUGGUGGUAUGUAUCUUUACCACAGGUAGUCACGCUGCUUUUUGGAACUCAUUUUUAAAUAAGUCUGGAUGAGGGCUCCAGCAUAUUUGGCUGUAUGCAUCAGUAGAGCACACAGCUUUCAGAAAACAAUUACUACAAAAUAAACAUUUUUAAAGCAAAGGUGUAUUAUUGGAAUGGCUGAACAGAGAGGCGUGGGCAGCCCUUGGCCAUGCUAGGCCAAAUAUUACCUCACCCCCUUUACAGGACUAUUCAUCCCCUAAAGAAAUGGGGAACAUCAACAACUUUUGGGGACAGGUGAAAUCUAUUAAUUUUGGGGUGAGGAAUGGGCUUACUGUUAAAGUUUUUUCUUUCUUUUAUAAAUAAGAACAAAACUUUACCACCACUUCAGUCAGUAGCUUAGUUACCCUCAGCAGUCUGGUAGUAUUCCAUUUGAAAUUUAGGACAGAAAGCCCAUUGAGAAUGAGGCUAUGUAACAUAAUGCAUAUAAUUCAGGGGCACUGGUGAUUAUGUUAUAUAACAAUUUGUAUUAUAGUUUGUUUUUGUAUUUGGAUGUUGUUGUUCUUUCCGUGCCCCUGAAAAACAUAUUCAUCUUAUAAGACAACAAAAUGCCCAAUGCAGUUUAGUGAAGAACAUCAAGCAUUUCACUGGUUUAUAAGGACAUUUUACCAUUUAAUAAAAUUUUAUUUUCUCUUCCCCCACCUUUGUGUUUGAUGCUGCCCUCUUUUUUUCCCCUUUCCUAUUUUGAGAGGGACACCAUUUCUGUUGCUGCUCUUAAAACUCCUUCAGUAGUGACCGUCUAUGAUUUAUAGACUUUGAAUCAUAAGCAUUAAUAAGAGUACCUGUAGGCUUCUAGUGAUUGCUUUUUCCCUGUGUUGGCGUUAGGAGUUAUGCCUGCCUUUCAUAGUACCCCUUUGAUUCUUAAAACCUUUCAAUUCUUCUUACAGUGGAUGCAAUUUGAAUGGAAUUUUGUAAUGCAAUUCUGUUUACAUUGGAAUGAAAUUUUAUAGCCCAUUGCAAAGUGUAUGAUAUUCAUGAACACUGGGCUGGGAGGACUAAGAUACAGCUCAUAAUCACACAUCAUGUUCAAAGGUGACAGAUCUGUGCUGUCCAAUUUUAUGCCCUUAAUCAGGAAACAACACACAGCGCUGUUUGUGUGCAAUAUUUCAGAGAUAGGUAGAAGGAAGACUGUGCUCCAUCAGCAGGCCACCUCUUGCCUCUUGAUUUGUAGGAUUCUUUUAACAAAUAUUGGAAAAGUUUGAUCUUGGUCUGAUCCCUACCAAAGCACCUUACAUUCUUAAACAAGGGUGUGUGCUCUUGAUUACUGAGCCAGAUCAGUUAACUGUUAAGAAAUCCAGAGUAUAAACUCUUUUGUUUAAAUUUAAUUUCUUACAUUUAUGUCCCAUCUUUCUUCUGCCGUGGAACUCCAUGCAUUGUGCAUAUGGCUGCCAAGAGUCACCCAUCUGAGCACUGAACAGACCCAGACCUGCUUAGCUUCAGUAAGGUGGUGACCUCAUAUAUCUUCAGGCUGUACUCUAGGUAUAUUGCUUUGUGAAGCGAAGAUGCGAAAUUGGACCGAAAUCAUUCUAGCCAUAGAAAUAAAAAGUAAAUUAAACAAAACUAAAUUCAACCUGUUUCCUCCACCCACAUAAAGAUUCAAGAAAACUGUUGAAAUGAAGCUUCAUAUACCAGGUGUGAGUUGUUAAUAAUAAUUUAGUACGUACAGUCAGCAAACAGGUAGAUAAGCUCUGCUAUACAGUGGUACCUCGGUUUUCGAAAGUAAUCUGUUCUGGAAGACCGUUUGAGUUUCGAAAACCGAGGCGCAAAGGGCGGUCUGCAAAUUUAAUAGAGAAAAAUGACAUAUACACUCAGCAGAAGCCGUUUGACUUCCAAGGCGUGUUCGAAACCCAAACAUUCAUCAAUGGAGACGUUUGGAAACCGAGGUGCCACUGUAUUGUAACCUUUUGUGCAGUGCUGUGUAAUUUUACACCCUUUGCUACACUCAGAUAAAGAAUCAUACAGUAAAUAAAAUAAGUGGUAGUUUGCUAGCCAGUUCACUGGAGGUGAAGAGGUUCUGCUGCUGAGUGAUGAUGAAGGGAGGGAGAGACCCAACACUUACUGGAGCAAGCUGUGAGGCAGUGUCAGGAAAGUGUGGUGUGUGCUGAAGAAGCAGCAUAUAAGAGGAGCUGUCCCCUGUCCACCACUUCUCUCCUUAUAACUGUCCUCACCAACCAUCUUCCCACCAACUGGUUCCAAACUCAUGCUUCUGCCACAAACAGAACGUCUGUGAUCUUACCAAUUGUUUGUAGAAAAGCCAUUUGUUCAGCUUUCGGAGAACGUACAGUGGCAUCUGCUGUUCUCUCUCUUCCUUUGAUGCUGCGAGCCAAACCUUUAUUUCGCCUUUAUUUUUCUGAAUUAAACUGGCUUUCUUUUCUCCUCCCCGCUCCCCCACCAGAAAAUAGACCCUGAACCACAACACUUAUCUCUCACAACGCUCUUUGGAAAGCAGGAAAAGUCUAACAUAUACCAAGAUACCUCAGAGCAGUCACAAAAACUUCACCAAGAAAACUUUCCUCUGAGGCAAGGGGUGGUGCGCUCUCUGUCCUAUGAGGAACCUGGAAGACACUCACCCACAGCAGAGAAGCAGCUUUGCCCGGCCAUUCAGAAACUGAUGGUGCGUGGAGCAGAGCUUCACCCAGUCUCCGAACUCCCUGAGAACCGGAUGUGUGAGAACGGCAGCGUCCCUUCGGUACGGGAGGUUUUCACGGGACUCUUCCAGCCUGUGGCUUCUCAUGGCAUUCGGACAUCUCAUCCAGUCCAAGAUGCCGCCAGCACACGUAGCCUGCUGCAACAGCUCCAAAGCCAGUCAGGACAAAUGACAAAAAUGGAACCCAGCAAUGUAGGACCAGUGAGUUCUGCUGCAUCAGUCUUCACCAGAGCUCCUGCUGUCUCCUCAGGAGCCCAGGUAAAGAAUGCGACACAGCCUCAUCUCAUGUAUUUCAAUGGCUCACUCCCAGGUCAGACUUUGGGGCCUCCAGCCCUUGGUAAAGAACAAUCCAAGCUUCCCGGACAGUCCCUUCCUCUCUCUGGGAACCAAUCUGGAAAUUCUGGAGUAAUUUCACCACAAGAGUUAUUAAAGAAACUUCAGAUAGUCCAACAGGAGCAGCAGUUGCAUGUAUCCAGUCGGCCAACAUUGGCAGCCAAGUUUCCCGUGGUUACUCAGAGCAGCACUACCCUAAAACCUCUGGAUUCCUGGAUGGACAAAGCUUCAAACACAGAAAAGCAGCCUCCUCUUUUUCAGGUAAACCAGCAAUAGAUUUGAUAGAUCCUAGAGUCCGAGAACCUUGGAUCAACAGGCUGCUUGUUCUUCUACUUUCAACAUUCAAAAACCAAAAGUACACCUCUCAGUUCUAGCACUGGGGAACUGUAGGCUAGUUCAUGGUCCAUACUAGUGGUGUCCAAACACUGCUCCUUAGUUCAUUUUAACAACCCUUUGGUUGUUUUUUCAAGCAUGUAGAUUUGAGUUUUUUCAAGCAUGUAGAUUUGAAAAAUCCCGAGUGUUUUUUUUGUGUGCAGCUUCCAUUCACCAGCAAAUGUCCCAACAAAUCAAAAACCUUUUACCUUUGUGGGUGAACCUCAUGUCAAGUCAUCCUCAUCCCCAGAUUCAAAUGUUCUUGAAGUGGGGCAUGCCUUUUCAAGGGGGGCAAGUGGACAUUUUGUACCUGAAUGUCCUCUGCAUUGUUAGACCAUAGCUAGUACAGUCGUACCUUGGUUUUUGAACAGCUUAGUUCUCGAACAUUUUGGCUCCCAAACACCGCAAAGUGACUGUUCCAGUUUGCAAACUAUUUUUGGAUGCCGAACGUCCAAGAAGGCUUCCAUGGCUUGAUUGGCUGCAGGAGCUUCCUGCAGCCAAUCAAAAGCCACAGUUUGGUUUUUGAACAUUUUGGAAGCCGAACAGACUUCUGGAACGGAUUCCAUUCGACUUCCAAGGUAUGACUGUAAUGGCUUUUCAGAGCUGUAAUGAAGGAUUGCUGGGCCACUCAGUUCCUUGGAUGGCUUAUUUGAGACAGUUUGCUUUAUAUGCAUGAAGGCAGAGGUAUUGCUUGCUUUUGCCUCUGAGAACUUGUCUCUUAUUGCAGGAACUGAAAGUUAACAUCCAGCAAGUAUUUGUGUGCACAGGAGCUCUGAUAGGUAUAUGAAGAUGCCAUUCGCACAAGAGUUUCCCCAUUCAUUUCCAAAAGGAGUAGCUCUGCAUGUGCAUCCCAUUGCAAGCAUGGCACUGCUCCUGUGCAUUUGUGAGAGCCCUGUGUGUUCACUGGAGAUACUUCUGAAUAUUGUUAGAGUCAUUUCAGACAUUCGCGAAUAGGGUAGAGUGUGAGCCUUAUUCUUGGGAUAUGUGCUUACCACCAUGUAUAGGAAGUAAGACAUGAACUAGGUGCAAACUUGCAGGAAUGGAUAAAUAAUUCACUCAGUUUCUGCAAUCUUUUCGCUUCCAAACUAUGAUGGAAGAAAAGCAGAAAUUGGACAAAUUGCACAUAGAUAUUGGGUCACAGGUAAUUUCCAUCAUUGCAUCAAUGCUACCUGGGACUCCACCCAACUGCAUGUUAGCUAUUUCUCCUUAUGCCAACAUUUGAGUGAAGCCUAAUGGCAAAGGGUGGUAAGGAGGAAUACAGAUGGGAUGGGCAACUAGGCUAAAGAUCCCUUGCCUGCACAUUGACUGAUACUACUGAUCCCAAGUGAAUCUAGGUUUCCAUAGCUGUGUCCCUAUGGAAUAUAGUUUUGCUUUCCCCUUGACCUUCAGCACUUGAUUUCUUGAUUUGUUUAAAAAGGGUUUUUCAGAUAUACUAGCAUAUUUUGCUGUUGUCAAGCUGCAUCCAAGAAAAUGCAUUUCUAAAUUAUAAUACAAAUCACUCCCACCACUUCCAAAGUUAAAUGAUCCCUUUAAUAAUCCUUGGAAAUCCCUCACUUGGGCAAAUGGGAUCUGUGCAGCUGUGGGGGCUUGGCCUUUGGCUGCUGCUUUUGUUGUGCAGUCUGCCAUUUCCUCCAGCCUCUCCUCCAUAGACUGCAGCUAAGCACACUAUUAAAUAAAACUGGAAAUUGAGCUUAUUGUUAGGCUCUAUAAUUUGAACUAAUAGAAAGUGUGAAAGUGCAGGAGGUGUCAAAACAAGAAAAGUUGGAAUUUUAUGAUUCAUUGACCCUGUGUCUGAGGAUGAUGCUUAUGACAUUUGGACUAAAAUGAAAUGGAAAAACAACCAUUUGGGAUAGAAUUUGAUAAUGGCUUCAUGAUGUGAUACUUUAAUCAGCUUGCUGAUGUUAUUCAGAAUGUGGACAGCAAAGUCUAUCCAUAGGAAGAUAAUGUUUUAUUGCACAGUAUUGUGAUGGAACUGAGAGAUUGUCUGUGCAUUGCAGGGGAGGUACUUUCUGGGCUGGGUUGCCCAGGGUUGGAAAACAGGUUUUAUUUCCACCAAUACAGUAUCCCAUAGUGCAGCUCUUAAUGUUUUCUUACAGAUGUCGAUAGGGGCCAUUCACUUACACAGGAGAAAAUAAAGCAAUAUCCUCAGGAAACUACUUGGUGGAGGCUAAACCUGCCCCCAGUGACACCAGUUUAUUGGGGAAAGAAAGCACGUCUUGCCAACUGCAGCAAAUUUAAUUGGCUCUAUAGUAUAAUGGGUAUAACUAAGUUCUGAGCCUGUGGCUGUCUCCAUAGGCCUUGCUCAGGUCUUUAUUUUGUGGUUGUGUUAAGGGUUUGAGAUUUAAAAACGGGUGUCAAACACAAAUGGACCAGGAGUUCAGAUUUCCCAGGGGCUCACAUUUUCAUUGAAAAGCCAUCAGUUUUGAUGGAGACAGCAGCAGGAACAGAGAUUAAUUUUUAAAAUUACCCCGGACAGCCAAUUUCAUUAUGCCAUCCUUUCACAACAUAUGUCAGCAGAUUUCUUCACCGGCAUGAACACUACCCCCAGUUGCUAGUUCUCUUGUCCCAGGCCUAAGUGCUCCCUUGAAGCUUGAAACCCACUGGUUUUUAAAGCUUUUUUCCUGUGUGCCGCUGCUUGCCAGCCAUAACUUUUUCACAUGCAAAGACAGCUUUCCUCAGCCACUAACCUAACUGCCAGCUUGCAUUGUGGUUGCCAUGUUUCCUGGGUGCCAUUUCUUAGGAUGCCAUUUUCCAGGUCUCCUUAUAUAGCUUAUAUGUUAGGUUUUGUCUCUUUGCCACAUCCUACUAUAGAACUAUAAAAGUACAGAAGCUUUGUCAGGGUUCAAGUGCCCAUAAAAAAGCUGCUUAAUGAAGGCUACAGCUACAGUGGUAGAAAGGGCUGCUGCUGGUAUGCUGAGCCAAUAGCAAGCAAGCUCAAACUUCAGAGACAUUUGGCCUAAAAGUUCUAAGUGAGGAAGUUCUUGCUCCAGACUUUGGCAGUAUUACCUGUGUCUAUUCUACAGAAAUAUUUAAGUUUGUAAAGACUUCCGGAUGAGCAUUGCUGCUAAUCUGUACUAUAGUGUAUUGCUGCCAGCUGAAGACUUAUUUGUCACCAUAACUAAGGACAGACAUUUCAGUCAAAUAGUAUUGGCACAGUCACACAUGCAGAUGCUCAGGCAAAGCGAAUCAAAGCAGAACCUGACAAUAAACGCACCCAAAAGUCUGUUCCCUAGAAUUGCUUUUUGGCAUUUCAUCUGCUCCCACUGUCUUUCAAGUGGACCAAGUUUUAUAGGGUCUGCUGGGUGCAGCUUGCCACCUAGACAACAUCUUGAAUAUUGGUGGUGGGACUGAACAAAUGUGCAUUUAAAGGACUCGCCAUAAGUUCCUUCAGUAACUGGAAUCUGCAGUUUGUACUUCCUCAGCAGUGGACUCGACAUAUUAUUGGUCUCAUUUCGAUUUGGCUUGUGAUGCAUCUCCAUCUGGCUUCAAAGCUGUAAUCUGCAGUAUAAGGUUCAGUGGAGGGGAAAUACUUGUUACGAAAGCAAUUAGGAAAAGCAGAACACAGUGGUACUUGAAUCAACUCAAAGAAAACGCAAGCUUGAUCAAGUCUAAGCUGCUCAAAGAGCAUACCUUAGGCAGUCCGUUUCAACUAUGCACAGAGAAAAUGAUUUUUCACAAAAAAAAGUUUAGAGUCAGACAGCAGGACUAUGGUUUGGAUCCAAAGAACCAUUGGAGUUUUGUCUGUGCAAUGGGGCUUUCCUCCCUUUUCUUGUUGCAGCCACUUAUGCCCAGUGACUCCUGUGGGUCAGGGAAGUCAAACAACACCUCCACUUGUGGGGGGAAAGAGUGCUUUCCAUGCAGACAAGGGGUCCUUUUAAUCAAAACCUAUGGCUGUAUUCAAAUGUGACCUUCCCAAUUACCAAUAAAUACGGUUUGUUGGAGUAGAAAUAAGGAUGGGCUGAAGCACACCGUCUUCCUAUCAUGCCCAGCUGCAGAUAUUUCCUUAGUUGUAAGAAUAUAAGAAAAGCCCUAUUUGGUUCAGCAUCCUGUUCCUCACAGUGGUCAAUGUGGGAAGCACAUCACAGAUUUGAGCCUGGUCUACAAGGAGUACUUAAACCACAUUUUCCUGUGUCAGAUAUCAUAGGCAAGCCCAUUUAACAAACAAGGAAGUCUCCUUUCCUGGGGAAGGCUGUCUAAUUUUUUUGGGAACAGGAACAUUACAUCUGCAUCUGGGUUAUGCUUGUAUGCUAUUUCCAGUUUCUUUAAAAUCAUUACCUGCCUCCAUCCCAAGUUGUUAUAAUAAAGUGUUUCAUUCCAUGUCUGUUAGUCUCUUCAAGCAUAAUUAAUGCCUAGGCCUUGAAGGAAUUCCCUAAAAAUAACAUUCUGAAAUAUCUGCCUUGGGGCAGAGAAGAGAGGCUUAUCCAGCUAUUUAAGCUGCAUACAAGUAUUACCGUAUUUUUCGUCCCAUAGGACGCUCCGUCCCAUAGGACGCACCUAGUUUUUUGGGGGGGGAAAUAAAGGGGGGAUUUCCUUUAUUUCCCCCCCAAAACCAGGUCGGGGAAACCAAACCAGGUCGGGGAACAGCGGUAUGGCGGCGCUCCGCCUCCCCGCUGUCCCCCGAGCUUGUGGGGCGCGCUUCUCCCCAGUGCCAGCCUCCAAACCAGGUUGGGGAACGGGGGGGGGCGGCGCUGCGCUUCCCUGCUGUCCCCCGAGCUUGUGGGGCUGGCGCUGGGGAGAACUCCCGCAGGGCUCCCCACGCUGCGGAUGUCUGCCCGGCGUGCGGGGCACUCUGCUUCAGGGUGCCCCGCGCGCCGGGCAGCAGGCUGCUAUCCGCAGCCUAGGGAGCCCUGCGGGAACUCCCGCGGACUCCCCAGGCUUGCUUAUAGCUUCCUGAAGCCCUCUCGCUCUCCAAGCUUCAGCGAAAGCCUGUAUUCGCCCCAUAGGAUGCACACAGAUUUCCCCUUCAUUUUUGGAGGGGAAAAAGUGUGUCCUAUAGGGUGAAAAAUACGGUACUUUCCUUUAAGAGCAUGGCCAUUGUCAACAGAAGCCUGCAAAUCUGCUAUACACGUGUGUGGGAUUAGACUCCGCCUUAGAGACGGAAGCCUUAGACCUUGCUGACCAUGGUAAUGUGGAGCAAAAUGCAAUCUGCUCUUCAAAACAGGCUGCUUGUUCAUAAUGUAUGGGGCUGCCAAAAUGUAUAACUACAGGUGAUAUAUAGCUCUCCCAACCAUUAGAUAAAAUGAAUUAAUGGUUUCUAAUUAAUCACCCUGCUUAGCAAAGAUGAGAUUCAGCAACUGGAUCGUCAGUGUACCGUCUCUUCCUGUCUGCCAGCAUCUAUUUAGUUUAGCUUUAACGUUGGAAUCUUGAACUCAAGCAACUGAAGGCAUUAGUGCAGCAGCCUUUCACCGAUUUGUAGCGCAGGCCCUGCUUAAAUCCUCACUUGGCUUUACAUGAGCAGAUAAUGUCUUGUAUAAACAAAUAAAAACCUCAUGGAAUCAUUAGAAGAGAAACAUCAGGGUAGGGAGGGUGAAUCUGGGUCCAAAUUUUAAUUAAAGGGCUGGUGCCAUGCUGUUUUUAUUGUAAUUAUUGGUAUGCUUUAAACAGAUUUUUUAUAUGUUUAUAGUUUUAAUUCUAUCAAUGUUUCAUUGUGUUUUGAUGAUUGAAUUUUCUGUUUUGUGCAGUUCUUGUUUUUAACUGUAAGCUGCCUUGAAUACCAUCGGGGGGGGGUGGAGACAGAGUAUGUGUAUACAAAUAAAUAAGGGGUCUUUUUUUCAGGCAGAACCUGACAAGCCUCCUGACUUAAAGGGCUGCCCUCCACCCAAAGAAUUAGUUGGCCAAUUUCAGAUCUGCAUGGGAAAUUUUGCCACAUACAUACAUGCCCCAAGCAUAGCUUUUUGGCCAUUUAGGGCUGGCAGGUCAUACCACUGCUGCGACAACAGAAGCUACAACUGGCAUAAUUUUUCUGUCAGGCUGCAGCAACAACCCAGUUCUGACACAUGGGUCUGCAACACUGAAUCUAUUUUGGCCCUUCUGGUUGAGAAACUGUUUAGGCUUUUCUGAAUUCUAGCUGCCCACCCUCUUACAUCUAACCUAUGUCUGAAUGAUUCGGUCUCCAAGAAGCAGCCUUUCUCCAUUCGGGUGGUUCCUUUGGCUCUGGGUCCAUUCCCUUGGCGCCAUCUCACUAUCUUCACAAUGGCUAUCCAGGUUCUCUGGACUGCAAGAGCCACCUCAACUCUAUGCUUGGUGGCACAUCAAAUUGGAAGUGACCCUAUCACCCUCAACCCAGGAAUAUUUUUCUGCCUUGCUAGGAUGACUGCCAGCUCCAGCAGGGUUGAGUUCACCUUCCAGAAAGGCAGUAAGCUGCUUGCCAGAUAGUUUUUUAAUGCCACCUCAGAUUCCUUUGUAUAGCUGUGGUUGACGUGUAAUUUAAUGUGAUGUCCUUGUGUGUGAUGAGCAGGUCAUCUCACCGCAGCGAAUUCCUGCUACUGUAGCUCCUUCACUACUGAUGUCCCCGAUGGUGUUCAGUCAGUCUGCCCCAGCACCGCCAAAGCCAAGUGAAGGUGGAUGGCUGCCCGUCGUGAACCAAGAAGCUGUUUCUAGUUCCACUAACAACCUGUCUGUGCAGAACCCAGAAGCAGCUGUUACAAACAGCAGCUCACUGACAAAGCUACAACUACAGGAAACGUUACUACAUCUGAUCCAGGUAAAGCAUCCAUUACAUUUCUCAUCUGUCCUUGUCCUCUCUUAAAAACUAUUUGCAUCUGUCACACUAGAAGAUGAGAGUGAGCGGAGAGUUGGAAUGAAUUGUCACCAGUAAGCAUACAGCAUUGUUGUGUAGAUAAUCCUCAACUGAGUGUUUUGUUUUGUUUUGUUUUGUUUUGUUUUGUUUUGUUUCACAGGUUACUUCUCCAUUUUGCUAAGUUGGCUGAUGGUCCAGUUUGGUUAUUAUGAAAGUAAGACUUACCAUAUUGUAAGUCUACAAUUAGGCACCUGUGUGCCCUGAAAAAAAAAUAGCCCCCGGUUUGCAGCUGUCUUAGCAGUAGUUAGAGCCCAGACCAUUGACAGCAGCUCUAGUUUCUCACAAGGUCUGAAACAUGUUAGAUGCAACAAAUCUUCCUAUGCACUGCAGUCAAUUGGGAGUUGCUGAUCUGGGCCCAAAUGUUGUUCAUUCUGACAGCCAGCAGUGGGGAUCCUGCUUAGAGCUACCGCUGACUGUAGAAGUAGUUUUAUCCCGCCUUUGCUCCAGGUUGCUUAGAACAACAUUUUAGCCUCAGCAAAAACCCAGGAGAAUAAUUAGGAUGACAGUGGGUGGCAUGCUCAAGACCGCUCAGUGGGCUUCAUAGGAUCUAAAUUUGCAUUUCUCAGUGCAUUAAUGAACACAAUGGUUCAAAAAAUGUGGAGUUUUAAUUUCUCUGUGGUUUUAAAAUUCAUAUUAUUAACAAAGUAUAUACCUUUCCCCCUUCAGAAUGACGACAACUUCCUAAACAUCAUCUAUGAUGCGUACCUUGUCAGCGUGAGAAAAGCAGCACUGAAAAAACCCAUGUGAAACUUCGUUUUUUUAAAAAUUAAAAUGUAUCUCAUAUCCUGAACUUGACUUUUUAAAAUAACUGUCAAACAAAACAAGGGGUUUUGGGCUUUCUGCAUAGCUUUAAAUGAUGUUCGCUGGCAAGUCUGUGCUCUGCUGAGGAAAGAGUGGGUGGGAACGGAUAGUGCCUUCCAGAGGGUAGGGUGAUGUCACAGUAUGACAACAGACUUAAGAUACCUUUAUAGUGUUUUUCUUAUGUAGGCUGGAUACCAGCAUGUAUAAAGAUUUAUAUUUUCUCUUCAAUAAUACAUCUGUUUUUUGUGUUUUUUAAAAGAAGAAUAUUAGAGAUUAGUUGCCUAGGUACUUUGCUGGAAUCAUUAGUUACCAUAGGUGGAAGUUACUACUCUACAUUGUUUACAAAGGAUGGUACUUGCUGGCGGCCACCAGGUGGCAGGCUUGGACUAUAGUAGAAAACUUUGAAGCUAUAGUGAAAGCUGUGGCUAGGGAAAGCAGAUAGCUUUUCAAAGAGCUAAAAAUAACAUUGUGGUCAUCAUUGCCAGUGAUUUGGACAUCCAUCCCUCUACUAUCUCUGUUCACACAAUCUGUAUGUUGGUUUUUUGUUUUGUUUUUAAACCUGUUUGAUGGCAAAGAAGUGAAUGCGUAUGCCGUGGACAUCCAUACCACCUCCAGUUCUACUGACCACCCCCCCCCCCAAAAGAAAAACCACAACAGAGGCUGUCAUUAUCCUUUGGAAGGAAUGUUACUUGCCCACAGGAGACUGGUUUCUCAUGUUACAAUUUCCCCCUAAAUGCCAGAGUUGUGUGAAAAAGAUAACGUGGGAAGGGUCUGCAUCCAAGAGUCAGCCGCUGCAGAAUGACUUGUCUAUGCCAAGAAUUUGAUUGGAUUCUUCAUACCAUUUCCUUUCUUGUUCUCUGCAACACACCCCAAGUUCUCUGCAUGCAGACUACUAUGUAGGAAAGAGGCGGUUUUCCUCUUUUAAAAAAACAAAAAACAAAACCUCAUUUUGUAAGCAAAUAUUUUUCUAUUUUGUGACCAGAACAUUCAUAGCAAGGAGUAGAUGAUUACAUUAUAACUCUUUAUAGAGUCUUUUCUUUCUAGCUGUUUUUCCCCUUUGAUGUAGAUAUAGGCCUUCAUUAGACUGUGAUAACUUCUGUGUGCUUUUCUCCAGGAUGACUGCAUUACUUUUAAGCAUUUUGUUAAAACUAGCAAUGUGAAUGAAUGAAUAGUUUCAUUUCCACUGUGUUGUUCAAUCAGAAGAUGGACAGUAGUUUCAAUUACCCAUUUGUAAAGAAAAUAAAAUGUAUUUACACAGA